UUUUCAAACCGCAUCGGUAUUUGCUUCCAAAGCCCGCUCACCGUGUCACUUUCACCAAGAUAACAGAAACUUGAAGAAAGCGCCGAGAAGUUCGUACUCAGCAAGAAAGACCUUCAAGCAAUCACUCGAUACAAACUGGAGCUCAGUCCUUAGCUCUUUCUUUGACACUACCUCGACUCAAUUUCUAGUCCUAUUUUUCGAUACUUCGAAGAUGUCAAGCACAACGUCCCAACCCAAAAGAAAAUGUGCUGUAUUGGGCGCAACAGGAUCUGUUGGUCAGAGAUUCAUACUGCUUCUGGCCGAUCACCCUAUGCUUCAUUUACAGGCCGUGGGCGCCUCAUCGAGGUCGGCUGGCAAGCUUUACAAAGACGCGGUCCGGUGGAAACAGGCAAGGCCCAUGUCUACCGACCUAGCAAACCUUACGGUUCGGGAAUGCAAAGCAAGUAACUUCACAGACUGUGAUUUGGUCUUCUCUGGUCUGGACAGCGACGUGGCCGGAGAAGUUGAAAUGGAAUUCCUCAAAGCCGAGAUCCCCGUCUUCUCCAAUGCCAAGAACUAUCGAAGGGAUCCCAUUGUGCCUUUGGUGGUGCCUACGGUCAACAUCUCACAUCUGGGGCUCAUCCCUCAUCAACGGAAGCACUUCGGCCUCAAGAAGGGAUUUCUCGUCUGCAACUCCAACUGUGCUGUGAUUGGGAUUGUCAUCCCUUUCGCGGCCUUACAGGCGAAGUUCGGACCCGUCGAGGAUGUGGAGGUGUUUACCGAACAAGCGGUAUCAGGUGCCGGCUACCCAGGUGUUUCUAGCAUGGAUAUCUUCGACAACGUGGUUCCUUACAUUGCUGGAGAGGAGGACAAACUGGAGACCGAGGCUCAAAAGAUCCUGGGCUCGAUCAAUGCAGACGCCACUGCGUUUGAGGAGCAGUCUGGCCUCACAGUAGGCGCAACAUGCACACGUGUCGGCGUCACAGAUGGUCAUAUGGCGUUCGUCUCGCUAAGAUUCAAGCAAAGACCUCCACCAAGCGCAGAGCAGGUCAAACAAGCCAUGAGGGAUUACGUAGCCGAGGCCCAGAAGCUUGGAUGUCCGUCGGCCCCGGAGAAAGCUAUCGUUGUCUUCGACGAGCCAGAUCGACCACAGCCUCGACUCGAUCGUGACAUCUCAGGCGGUUAUGCCGUCAGUGUGGGCAGAGUUCGCGAGGCUGCCAAGGGCUCACACUUUGACAUCAGAUUUGCAUGCCUGAGCCACAACACGGUCAUUGGUGCCGCAGGUUCUUCAAUAUUGAAUGCAGAGGCGGCCAUCAUCCAGGGUCUGCUAUGAGGAGGGUGUUCUUUUACUGUACAGGCACUAGAAUGUAGCAAUACAAAAAGAGACUCCCGAUCAUA